GCUAGACACUGCAAGGAAGCGAAGGAUCAAUGUGUUCACCCAAUAUAUUCAAACCAGAAACCUUGUGGUUUAUGCUGAGCAUCAAAAUUGCUAAGUUAAUGCUGCGGUGAUUUAAACAAACUUAUCUAGUAGUUCUGGGCAUCCAUCUUAUGAUGGAUGUGAAAUCAAUGUAAACAGUUCCUUUUAGACAUACUGGGAUGGUUUACAGGUAUGAAGGGGUUAUAGUAAUGAAGCAGCUCUUAAUUUCUUCACUCUGAAACGGUUAAUUAUGAAUUGAAUGGAAGUUUUUCAGGGAAGACAGGAAAACAAUGCUUAGUUCUCAUAGAUAACAAAACCAAUCUCCAUGACAAUUCCACAGCAGGUUAGUGAAAUGCAUUUUAUGCAUAAGGAGUAGAAUUGCUGCUAAAGGAAUAAGUAACCCGGCAAUAGUUUGGACUCCAUGAGUUUGCUAGAUACUGGUUAUUGAUGCAGGCACUACCACAUGGAUGAUGAACUGAAUGCUUGCUCUUUGUUAAAAUAUUCUGAGAUUCUUUUCUUUUACUCUAAGCAGAAUCAACUCCUAAAAUCCAAUUUUCUUUAUGCAGUGAUAUAUUCCACGCAGCAAAAGCUUUUUAUUUCCCUGACCUUGACGAAUUAUCAUCCUGAUAUAUUUGCAUUCUAAGGACUAGCUACAUAGUCUACAAAUGGGUUUUAACAAAGAAACUGCUUCAGAGUUAACAGUAUUGCCCAGUGUUAUCGCACCUGCUGCGUUUCUACUGGAGACAUUGGCAUUCUUUUCAAUUCAGGAUUACCCGUAGACUACAGCUGGCACUGAAGCUGCAAAAGCCCGUUUUCUAUUGUUGAGUCAACACAGGCUGACUGCUUUUAAUCAUUUUUCCAAACAGAGAGGCUCUGACAUUUGCUGUAAUCACGCUUGGAACAGCAACAUUGAAUGUACUAUGGGGUACAUGAACCAAAGUGUACUCUAUUCCUUCUCCCCACAGGCAAUGCACUGCAAACAUUUGGCAUAUGAUACUUAAAACUGCAUUUGGAGAUGUAUUUCAUCAAUGAGUUUUGCAUAUCCAGAACUCCUUCCUCUUUGCCAACCAUCCUUCCCCCUCCCAAAGUCCAUAAAGGGAAAAGGCUGAGAGAACAGUUUGCAUUUUUAAGAAAUGGAUCAAUAUAUAUUUUUUGUUGGAUUAGGAUAUGUAACAAUGGUGCAAUACAGUUGUACACAUCACGGUGAUUUGAUUUUAUGUGAGAAAGGCCUUUAUUUUCCUAGGUUAGUGGGUAAUGGAAGUUGUAAACUUGAGCACUCCUUCACAGAGAGUACAGAAGAUUGUUUGAUUCUAAGAAACAAAAUAGUUAAUUGUGAAAUCCCAUUACACCUCAAAUCUUGUGGCAAUAUGUAAUUCCAAAAAAGGGUUGGAAACCCCAAGACCCCUGUGCGGGAAGCAUAUACUGUAUUUCCAUUAUAAAUUGGCUCAUUCUUGCCCUGAAUCGUUUUAAGUAAGGGUUUGUGGAUUGGAGCAGUAUUUAUAAAGGUAUCUUUGUCACUUUAUGAUAAGAACUUUGGAUUGGAGGUCAAUAGCCUGUGAAUCCAAUAUUCAGGUUUGCUACCAGCAAUUCCUGACUUUUGCAAUGUGAUGUUUUUCUGACUGAUGUCAUUACACUUUCUUAGGUGCUCUGCAGAGUAUAGAACAGAGAGAAGCACAGUCUCACUUUAAAGUUUAUAUAACUCAAUCAGCUAUUCCAUUAUAUUCUCCUCCAAUGCCUGCUUGCUUGAUUCUCUCCCUCCUUGAACACUCACAGCUCCGAUCCAAUAUCUUUAGUGAAGCUCAUUUUAUACUCUGCAUCUUCUCUCAAAUUCUCCUGUGAACCUGGUUUUAAUCUGGGGUGAUAUGAGAAUGUUUUCUCUAUUCAUUUCACCUCUUCCUUUGGAGCCUUGUACUCAUUGACAAUGUUUGCCUCGGCCCUCUUCUUCAAUAAAUCCUGGACUCUCCUCCUUGUGCGACUAAUUCCACAAGCUCUUUCGGGUAGCUUUCGAGGUUACCUUUCUAGGUGACCUAUAUCUGGAUAUUCUGUCUGGUGAAUUGAAUUGUGCACUAUAUGUGAACUGAAACAAAUUUUAAAAUCUACCAGUAGGGUUUGUUUGUGCCUCUGGCUACUAAUUCAAGAUCUGGUUAACUUUCUGAACUGCUGCCAUGAGCUGCGUAGUGAUUUCAGCAGAUUGCAGUUAGUAUCUUUGACAAAUCGCCUCUUCUUGUUGAAGCUGAUUUAUUUUCUUCUUAUGUUCGGUAUCCCCUGGCAUCCAAGCCAGGAUUCCUCUUGUGAUCUGCAAUACCACCCGAUGCUUGUUCACAUCAGUUGCUAGUUGUGGAUCUUGCAUAAGUAAUAAAUUAAUCAAGUUGUAUUUUGGGAAGCCUGAAAAAUUCACUCAAAUCCUUUUUUUCUGUCAUUUAAAUCAACUUCAGUUAAUUUCAUGAUAUGCUUUGCUAGGUUAAUUGAGUAAGUAGUUUGUGGUGUUUUGAAAGAGGAGUAAGGUUCUGAUCGGUGUGCUCUUAGUUGAUGUGGGUAGUUUCAACUUGCUAUUGCAGCUGUUUUUGAUCAAAACUGCCAAAGCCACUGGAUGUGAUGUUGCAGUCCAGCUACUGUCAGCAUAGCUAUUUUUACCAAUGAGAUUGUGUUUGUAAAAAUAUCAAAACUAAUUUGUUACCAACACAUCUGCACUAAUGCCAUUAAGAUUGAACUGUAAAGAAUUCUGAGAGUUCACCAGUUACGAUAAGCUCUUGCCUUUACGUUAUUCAAAUAUGUCCCUACAAUUGAAUUCUAAUCCUUUCAUUUCAGAAAUAAAUAAUAAAUUUGCAGCAGAAAUCAAAAUAAGACCAGACUGUUGGUCGCCAGUGGAUUUAAAAGAGUUGUGAUUUAAUUUAUGCUGGAGUGUGUAAUGCAGUUGGUGCAGGCAGGAGUUGGAGUCAACAUCACAACAACACGAUUUGCUCAAACUCCAGCCCACAUUGCAGCUUUUGGAGGGCAUCCUCAAGGCUUGUUGUGGCUGAUCCAAGCAGGAGCAGAUUAUAAUAUGCAGGAUGUUGUGGGUGAAACCCCUGUCCACAAAGCAGCGCGAUCGGGAAGUUUGGAUUGCCUUAAUGUCCUUGUCACGCAUGGGGCUACAACAGAUUUAAGGAAUGCCAAUGGGUUGACAGCAGCUCAGCUCGCCCUGGCUCAGGGGUUCGGUGAAUGCUCCCAGUUCCUGUGCAGUGUGCAGAACCAUCAGCUGAAUGGUUUCUACACCAAUGGCAUCGCCAGCGGUCUGUACCGGGGUAACCUGAUCACAGACGGACUAAACGGCUACACAGGAACUAACCGCAAGAGAAGCUACGAAGAAUCUGACUGCAAUGGAUUUAAGAAACCUAGAACUGAAGGUCUGUUUCUCAGUACCAGUGCAGGAGGCUUCAGUUUCCUGGACAAGCCGGUGACCAACCAAGCCUCUGCCAAUGGGUUUGCCCACAGUUUCAGCUUCACCUCCCACCAAGUGAACGGAGGGAACGGCGACUUGCGCGGAAUGGCCGCAGAAUUUACCGGCGGUUUUUGCAACGGGCCUGCCUCACCCCCCCGCGGCGGAAGCACAUUUCAGGGCCAGGGGGUGGUGGUGGGCUCGGGGCUCUCCCCGCCGUCAUCCGAAAUGUGCGGUGCCCUCCACCAGAACGGCAGCCCCAGCAACUAUGUGGCCGCCAAACCGCUCACAGAAGGGCUCCAUGGCGAACACGACCCACUCCACUACGGCCACUACCACGGCUUUGGAGACACGGCCGAGAGUAUUCCCGACAACAGUUACAUGGAGCAUUCCAGCUCGGUCAAGGUGGAGCAGAGUUACAACAAUGCGGUCUGUAGCGCAGUCCACCUCUUCCACGGUUCAUAGGGUGGAUUGCUGAGGAGCUAGUCACGGGUGGCGGGUUGAUGCUUGAUGGCGUCUCUAUAGUUGGUCACACUGAUUGUUUCCCUUAUAGGAGUAAAUACAAUGCUUGAACAUUGGAGAUACAUUUCAACUUAAAAUGGUAUUGUCAUGUUUCUCUGAAAUUCAGGUUGGGAUCCACAUCCCCUGGGAGCGUGGUUGGUUGUGGUGACCAUUCCCUCAGUUGAUGGAGAAUUAUUUUUGGCCAAGUUUGUUAUUGCAUUGGCUCAAUAAAACUGGCUCAUAGAAACAUAGAAAAUAGGUGCAGGAGGAGGCCAUUCAGCCCUUCGAGCCAUCACCGCCAUUCAUUGUGAUCAUGGCUGAUCGUCCCCUAUCAAUAACCCGUGCCUGCCUUCUCCCCAUAUCCCUU